AUGAAGAUAGUUGUGGUGUUUUUGCUUAAUUACUAAAUACUUAAGGAUAGAAAGUUGCAAACAAUUUUAGAGUUAAUCAAAGUGUUUUUGUGGCGCAACAUAGUUGAUAUAAGUUUUAUUGAAGUUAAUCCAGAAAUGGAAGCCAUGAUUAAGGGAUUAAGAUUCAAUAAUAAACUUGAAAUUUUUGGCAAUAAGCAGUUAUUCACUACUUUUAUUGUAGAUUACUUUAUUUUCAAUAAUUAAUUUAUUAAUAAGACAGUCAGGAUGAAGAAUAAAGGAUUUGCAAUAAUAUGGUAGUUUAAGAAUUAAAUCAAUACAUAAUUUUAUGAUUCAGCUCGUAAUUUAGUCCUUUAAACAACUAUUGUAGAUGUUCUAUAUUCUGGAUAAUUAGAAGAAGCUAUUACAACGACUCAAUUGGCAUUGUCAAAAUAAUUCAUAUUUUUACUUUUAUUAAAACUGAAUUUAUUAUUAUUACAAUAUACCUAUAAUUUGCAAGCAUUUAAAAUUAUAUCGAGAUAAACUGACAAGUAACUGAAUUGCUUUCAUUCGGAUUCACUAUUUAAAUAUCUUAUUAUUCAUAAUUUAGAAGAAUCCAUGCCAUAUUAAACAUUAAGACAGAUCAAUAUUUCAUAAUUUUGA